AUGCCAUCCAGGUCACCAACUACAGAUUGCUCCGGCGUGGUGUGCCCAAUUGGCAGUACCUGUCAAGUUCUUGGAGGCAUUCCCCAAUGUGGCUUUACGACUGCGGAACAAUCGUCAUCUCCCGCUCCGGAUAUCACUACUCCUUCGUCUUCAACCAGUACUCUAGCGUCAUCUCCUACAUCUCCCAGCGCAUCUGCAACUUCACUUUGUUCCGGAGUGGUAUGCCCUGUUGGCACCACCUGUCGCGUUCUUAACGGCACUCCACAGUGUGGUUUCACAGGUUAG